AUGCCAGCUUCUCAGGAGAAAGGGACAGUUCCGGUGGUCUGCGUCUUUUGUGCUUCCUCGCCAGGAAUAGACCCUGUCCAUCUAGAAUCAGCACGCAAGCUCGGCAAGUCUCUCCAUGAAGCGGGCUACCAAUUAGUCUACGGCGGCGGCACCAUGGGCAUCAUGGGCGAAGUCUCUCGCACUCUGGUCUCACUGUCCGGCCCGAGAUCCGUGCAUGGGAUCAUUCCUCGGGCACUGAUACGCUCGGAGAAGGACCCCAACGCACGAGAGAACACGAGCACGAGCAACGGUGGGCCGAAGAGGGCGGAGAGGACGAUGUCUUCAGAGGAGCUGCAACGGAUUGACAGCAACGAAGACCCCGAUGCUCAAAUUGUGCCAGAGUCCGAGUUUGGAAGGACGACGAUCGUACCGGACAUGCAUACACGGAAGCGCAUGAUGGCGAACUCGGUGCAACAGGGUGGUCCCGGAUCGGGAUUUGUGGCAUUGGCUGGCGGGUACGGCACCAUGGAGGAGGUUAUGGAGAUGGUUACCUGGAAUCAGCUAGGCAUUCACCAGGUUCCGAUCAUUCUCGUCAACAUCAAGGGGUACUGGAACGGGUUGCUGGAAUGGAUCAAAACAGCCAUCAGAGAAGGCUUCGUGGGUGAGGGCGCGGCGAAUAUCUUGGUUGAGGUUAAGAGCACCGAGGAGGUGAUAGACGCAUUGAAAGGGUACCAGGUAGCUCCUGGCAGGUACAAGAUGGACUGGUCAUGA